CAUGGCUAAAGUAGGUCCUUUAGCCCCGCCCUCCACCUCCAGGUUAACUCCGCCCACCAUCGUUCUGCAGGACAUGGAGGAGGAGCCAAGUGACAACAGAGCUGCUCAGAGAGCAGGAGCAGGAGUUUUGUUCAACGUCAACAACAGCAACAACAACGAGGAGGAUGAGGAGAAGAAGAAAAAGAAGAAAGAGAAGAAGGAGAAAAAAGAGAAGAAGGAGAAGGAGAAGCAGGAGAAGAAGGAGAAGAAAGAGAAGAAAAAGAAGGAGAAGGAGGAAAAGGAAAAGGAGAAGGAGAAAGAAAAAGAGAAGGAGAAGGAAAAGGAGAAGGAGAAGAAAGACCAGCCGCCUAAAGAGAUCACAGUGAUCGAUCCGGCCGGUAACACCUACUACCACUGGCUGGCCGUCAUCACCAUCCCCGUCAUGUACAACUGGACCCUGAUCAUAGCCAGGGCGUGUUUCGAGGAGCUGCAGACCGACUACGUGUACUACUGGUUCUUCGUAGACUUUUUCUGUGACCUCGUCUACCUCGCUGACAUGGUCUUCAGAACCAGGACUGGUUACCUGGAGCAGGGUCUGCUGGUGAAGGAUGAGCAGAAGCUGCGUGAGCGCUACAAGAAAAGCUUCCAGUUCAAACUGGACCUGAUCUCCAUGAUUCCCACCGACAUCCUGUACCUUGUCGUCGGCCUCAGUUACCCCGAGAUCCGCCUCAAUAAACUCUUCAGGUUCAACAGGAUGCUGGAGUUCUUCCAGAGGACAGAGACCAGGACCAACUACCCCAACGCUCUCCGUAUCUCCAACCUCGUCAUGUACAUCGUCAUCAUCAUCCACUGGAACGCCUGCCUCUACUACUCUUUCUCCAAGGCCAUCGGUUUCGGCGCAGACAGGUUUGUGUAUCCCGACCCGUCAGAUCCAGAGUUUGGUCGCCUGGUGAGGAAGUACGCCUACAGUAUGUACUGGUCCACGCUGACGCUCACCACCAUCGGAGAAACACCGCCCCCUGUGGAGAACUCAGAGUACUUCUUCGUUGUCACUGACUUCCUGGUGGGAGUGUUGAUUUUUGCCACCAUCGUCGGUAACGUUGGUUCGAUGAUCACCAACAUGAACGCUGCCAGAGCCGACUUCCAGGCUCGCAUCGAUGCCAUCAAACAGUACAUGAGCUUCCGAAAGGUCACUAAGGACCUGGAGAAGCGAGUGAUCAAGUGGUUUGACUUCCUGUGGACCAAUAAGAAAGCAGUGGAUGAGAGGGAGGUGCUGAAGUACCUGCCCGACAAACUGAGGGCUGAGAUCGCCAUCAACGUCCACCUGGACACCCUGAAGAAGGUUCGUAUCUUUGCGGACUGCGAGGCCGGCCUGUUGGUGGAGCUGGUGCUGAAGCUGCAGCCUCAGGUCUACAGUCCAGGAGACUACAUCUGUAAGAAGGGCGACAUCGGCAGGGAGAUGUACAUCAUCAAGGAGGGAAAACUCGCCGUUGUCGCUGAUGACGGCAUCACGCAGUUUGUCGUUCUGAGCGAUGGAAGCUACUUUGGCGAGAUCAGCAUCCUGGCUAUUAAAGGCAGUAAGGCAGGAAACAGGAGGACGGCGAACAUCAGGAGCAUCGGCUACUCCGACCUCUUCUGUCUCUCCAAAGACGACCUGAUGGAGGCGCUGAAGGAGUAUCCUGAUGCUAAGGCUCUGCUGGAGGAGAAGGGACGGCAGAUUCUGAUGAAGGACGGACUGCUGGACCUGGAGGUGGCAGCACAGGGUCCCGACCCCAAAGAGAUCGAGGAGAAGGUGGAGAGGAUGACGAGCACGCUGGACGUCCUGCAGACGCGUUACGCCCGGCUGCUGGCCGAGCACGAAGCCACUCACAGCAAACUCAAACACAGAGUCGCCCGGCUGGAGAAGAAGCUGCCGCGGCCGCCUCUGCCACCUGAGGCUUAGACAAGGAGGAAGAGGAGAGGAGGAGGAGCAGAGGAGGAGCAGAGGAGGAGGAGAGAGGUUUGAAGUUAACAUGGACACAACUUCAUGUUCAUUAACCUGAGAGCAGUUUGUUUCACAUCCAGACCUGAGGGAGUUUCCAUCCUGCCUCUCUGACGUUCACUCAGAGCUGAGACACAGGCGGAGGUGAGGGUGGAGGACUGAGUCUGGAUCAGUGGAGGAACAACCGAGCAUCAGAAGACAUCAGACAGAGAGAGAGAGAAUAUUACUAUCAUAAUAAAAUGUAACUCCAGUAUUUUUGAACCUGAGGAACAUGGAGGAUGAGACCAGGUUCAGGAACACAGAGGGAUCCUUUCAGCUGUAAAACACUGUAACUCUAAUGUUUUAAAUAAGAAGCAGUUCAUUUUCUCUGUAUCAAGCUGAGCCUGUUCGUAGAUCAUAGUUUGAUUUUACAGAAAUGAAGCAUCAUGAGUCUGUCUGAGGUUUGACACAUAAACACUUUCCUGAGGUCGGCGACGAGCUUUACUGUGUAGAUCACCUGCUUUAAAACCAGUAGAGGUCAAAGGUCAGCAGAGUGUCCUCUCCUGCUGUAAACCAGACUCACUGUGACGGCUGCUUGUUGCUGUUAAAGCUGAGUAAUGUCAGGUCUGA